AUGGCCGGGCUUGGCGUGCUGGGAGCCUUCAUGUCAAGUUUUGGAAAUUCGAACGCAUGCGAGCCAGCAGCCGGCAGCAGAGCAUGCACAACGUGCAUACGAGGGGCGUCAGAGGAAUCCUUCCAAUUCGCUCCUGUCGAGCCCUCUGCGAGCCCUCUGCGAGGAUCAGCCGGGGCAACACGCGGCUGUCCUGCAUCCAACCCGCCUUGGCCACCGCAAUCACCCAAAAUCCAAAUCCGCACCCCAAACGCACAGGUCAAGAACGUCGAGCCACGAGCGUAUCCUAGCCCGCACGCCAUCACAAAAGAGCUUGCCCCACCAAACAUCACCCUCUUCCCUUCGCACGCAAGCAUCGAGUCCCGACAUUGGGUGUUCGGCGCUCCUGGCUCUCUUGACCCUCCCGUCUCCGUGGACCGUCAUCAUCGCCUUCCGAAAUCCGUCGUCACGUCAGGCUCGAGACGCAACACCGCCUCGAAGCUUCGUCAGGAUUACAGGAUCCCCCCCGCGGCCAGUGACUCAGCAGCUUCAGCCAGGACAAGUCAGCCGCUAGCCAGCCACAUACCGGCUCGUUCGCCAUCAUGUCUUCCGGUACGUGUCCUCUCGUCGUCCAGUCUCCCGCGGCAGCCGUUCGCAGCGACAACCUUGACUGCUAACCUUUUUGUGCUAUCUUCGUCGUCUUUCGCUCUCCCACUCCAUUUCUACACACGCUCUCACGUUCGGACGUGCGGCGUCCCUUCCGAUGACAUAGGCGCAGGCGGUGGUUCAGAAGCCGUCGACGAGACCUCUUCUCUUCUCCCGGCCAACCAGUCCUCGCAGCCCCGUCGCGAGUCCUUCAGCAUCGGCCGUCUCAUCAACCCCUUCCGAGGCAGUACAGGCAGCGCAGGUAGCGCAGGCGCCCAACGCGCCACGGACCCGCAGCAGCACCAGUACGACACUCGACGUCCCUCGAAUGCUUGGACUCCCACCAGUCCGGACAACCCGCAAAACGCCCAGCGCAGGCGCAACAAUAACAACAACAACAAGUUCCCUCGCUCGGUCACCUUUGACUCGCCUCACUCCUCUUUCCCACCCGGUCCCAAGCAGGACCGCUCGAGGGUGACAAGCUACCAUCCUCCCUCCUCCAACCGCUCGCACGGCAUGGACGACGACAAUGACUCGGGCUACGACAUCGAGCGCCAGGGCUCCGGCUGGAACCGCCGCAGCGUCAACUCGUCCGCCUUUAGCCAUCUCGAAGGUCGCAGCUACCGCUUCCAGCCCUCCCAGGACCCGGCCAACCUCGCCACCUCGCUCGUCCCGGGCUCCUACACCGCCACUUCCUCUUCCAUUCGCGACGAAACCGCUCAGCUCGCCGGCAUGAUCAUGUCCGACGAUGAGGCCCAAGGCAGCACCAGCGACUCGCACAUGUCGCACAUCUACGACAUUGGCGAGGGCGACGAGGAGCCCUCUCCGCCUGCGCAGCUCUUCCCGCCACGUGCAAAGGACGCGGCCGACUUUAGCCCCACCACCUCUCCCAUCGCCUCCCUCGGCGUCCAGGCCGGACCCAGCAACCUCACCCGCGCCAUGGCCGCCUCCCACAACGCCAGCCCUCAAAGCGGCAAAACUUCUCUCCGCUCCGAGGAUGAUGGCAGCCAAGCUACGCCACGUCUCACCUCCUUCCUCGGCCUUUCGCAGCCCGUCGCCACCCCCCAGAACCUCGCAGAGGAGGACGAGCUGGAAGACAAGAGCUUGGGCGCAGGCCUUGCCGCUGCCUCGCCUGCGAAUGAAUAUGGCGCGGUGUCGCGUAGCCGCUCGCGCUCGUCGGCCAGGCGCACGUCUCGUUCGCAUCCCGCCUCCGCAGACCGCUCCGUUUCGCGCGACCGCCCAGAGUCCGAGACUGGCCAGUCCUCUUUCAGCCAGUUCAGCGCCUCGGAGCAGCAACAGCGCGCCGGUAUCGGUUACGGCGCCCUAGCCCAGGCCGAACAGUCCGUUUUCGAGGCUGAGCACGGCAUCCCCAGGCAGCCCCGCAGGGCGUCCCACCAUCCACCCGAGCCCCAAAAGACGCUCAACCCGUUCUGGACCAUGGUGCCUAAAGGCUGGAGACCGGGCGAGGGCGAAUACCCUAUUCGAAACCUCAACCCGGCACAGCACGUCCACGACUUUAUCCAAUCGGCUCGCGGCAUCACCUGGAAGUCGGCCGCCGAGGCAAGCGUCGAGCCCAUCCGCCUCAUCCCCGCCGUCAUCCUCGGCAUGCUCAUGAACGUCCUCGACGGUGUCUCGUACGGCAUGAUCAUGUUUCCCGCCGCCUACCCCAUCUUUGCCAACUUUGGCGGUGACGGCGUGUCGAUGUUCUUUGUCACCUGCAUCCUCUCCCAGCUCGUCUACACGCUCGGCGGCUCCAUCUUCAAGGGCGGCAACGGCAGCAUGAUGAUCGAGGUGGUGCCUUUCUUCCACAUCCUCGUCCGCAUCAUCAUUGAAGAGCUCGGCGACGAGAACCCGCAAGCCGUCAUCGCCACUACCAUGGUGGCGUUUGCGCUCUCGUCCGUGCUCACCGGUCUUGCCUUCCUGCUGCUGGGUGCGCUGCGCCUCGGCGUGCUCAUCGGAUUCUUCCCGAGGCACAUCCUCGUCGGAUGCAUCGGCGGCGUCGGCAUCUUCCUCAUCGAGACUGGGCUCGAGGUCUGCAGCCGACUCCAGUCCGAGGACGGAUUCCAGUACAAUCUCGACACGCUGCGCUACUUUUUCCAGUCGGGCCACAUGGUCGCGCUCUGGCUGCCACCGCUGCUGCUCGCUGUGCUGCUGCGUGUCAUCACCUCGCGCUUCCACCACCCGCUCAUCUUCCCCGGCUACUUCCUCAUGAUCCCCGUGGUGUUUUACGUGGUGGCGUCCGGCUUCCUCGGCAUUCCGAUUCAGCACCUGCGCGACGACGGCUGGGUGUUUGACAUUGGCGAGUCGGCCAGCAAGGCUGCCUUCUACCGCUUCUACACGUACUUCGACUUUGGACAGACCAGCUGGCGUGCGCUGUGGGCGACCAUGCCUACGCAGCUCGCCAUGGUCUUCUUCGGCAUCCUCCAUGUGCCCCUCAACGUGCCCGCGCUCGGCGUGAGCAUCAACGAAGAUAACGUGGAGACGGACCGCGAGCUCGUCGCACACGGCAUCUCCAACAUGCUCGCGGGUCUGAUUGGCGUGGUGCCCAACUAUCUGUGCUACGUCAACAGUGUGCUCUUCUACCGCGUCGGCGGCGGAUCGCGCCUCAGUGGUCUCAUGCUAGCCGGCGGUACGGCGAUCAUCAUGAUUGCAGGUCCUGGCACGAUCAGCUACCUGCCCAUCAUGAUCGUGGGUGCACUCAUCUUUGUGCUGGGUAUCGACCUGGCCAAGGAGGCGCUGUACGACACGGUUGGACGUGUGAAUGGCUGGGAGUACCUCACGAUCUGGGUGAUUGUGAUCGUGAUGACGUACUGGGACUUUGUCAUUGGCAUUUUGGCGGGCAUCAUCAUCGCAUGCUGCUUCUUUGUGGUGCAGACUUCGCGCCGCAAGACGGUGCGCGCCAUCUUUGACGGCAGCGUGGCGCGCAGCACGGUGCGACGCCACAUGAUCCAACGCCACUUUCUCGACGAGGUGGGUACCCAGACGCAGAUCAUCAAGCUGCAGGGCUUCCUGUUCUUCGGCACAAUCAACUCGGUGGAGAACCUGAUCCGGCGCGCGCUCGAUAUUGCAGCGUGGAACCAGAACCCGAUCCGGUUCCUCAUUGUCGACUACACGCUCGUGAGCGGCGUCGACUUUUCGGCCGCCGAGGCGUUCCUGCGCAUCAACCGGCUGCUCAUGGCCAAGGGUGUGCUGCUGGUGUUCUGCGGUCUGAAUCCGGAUAGCGACGUGGGAGUGGCGCUGCGCAGCGUCGACCUGUGGGCGGACAGGAGCGAGAAUCUCGAGGUGUUUGCGAACCUCAACGAGGCGCUCGAGUGGACGGAGAACGAGUACCUGCGCGGCAUGUAUGCGUCGAGCCUCAUGGCUGCCAAGGCGUUUGGCAAGGCGUCGUUGGCGGCCGAGGGCGGGCUGACGGUGCCGGACCAGAAGCGCAAGCCUGCGUUUGUGCUGGAUCAUUCGGUGGAAAACUCGCCGCGCCGACAUCAUCUGCACGAAGCAGCCAAGACGGCGGUGCGCAGCGAACGCACGACGCCCAUUUCGGAGAUCGUGCCCACCUUCCCGACCGAGGUGAAGGAAGGUGAAUCGGCAGUUCCGGCGGUCAAGGCUGCAGCUGGGCAGCCACUGCCUUUGCUGGGGAUCACGUUCCGCGCGUAUCUGCAGGGUCCGACGGGUGUGGCGGAGGACGAAUUCUUUACGCAGCUCGUGCCGUACUUUGUGCAGGUGCGCAAGAGCAAGGGCGAGGUGCUUUGGAGUCGGGGCGAUGUGGCCGAGGGCAUGUACCUCAUCGAAAAGGGCAUUGUCAAGGCGCGCUACGACUUUCCGCAGGAGCAGUACGAGAUCAACGAGGCCAUGCUUGCCGGCACCAUUGCGGGCGAGCUGACGUUCUUGUCGCGCAAGGAGAGGAACACCACGGCGUAUGCGGACACGGACUGCACGCUCUGGAUGAUGGACCAGCAUAAGUUGGAGGCGAUGCACAAGGAGAGGCCCGAAGUGUACCAGCGUUUCGUCGAGGUGCUGCUCAGGGUGGCGGGCGAUGAGCAGGAAAGCAUCAUGUCGUACCUCCUACGAGCGAUCCGGUAUCUCAUGCGAGAGAUGCGCAAGAGGCCGACUGCGUCGUGGAAGCAGCUGUCGGAGCUAUCUGACGUGUCGGCGUCCAAGCUGAGGAGAACCGCCUACCGACACGGCAUCGCAAGACGCACACUCAAGCGGAAGACGCAAUGCAACGCAACGAGGGCGAGCGACACGUUGGGAAGCGGCGCGGGCGGAGUACCGAUGCCGAGCAAACGCCCGCACGGCUUCAAUGAUGCCACUGCCGUGUCGCAGAAGCAAGCGGGCUUAGACGCUUGA